CACCUAACCACCACCAUCAACAGCACCACCACCACCAGCACCACCUAACCACCACCAUCAAGGCAUCAACACCACCACCACCACCACCAACAACAACAGCAGAAAAAGAUGGAAUCACAGUUCACAGCAAAGCCACCGCCGGUGGCAGUUGACAUAUCACAGAUGCCUGAGACCCCACAGCUGCGUGGGUCCCACCACCGCAGGGCCCAUUCCGACACCUCCUUCCGUUUUCCCAACUUGGACGACCUUCUCCUCUUCGACCCUUCCGACCUCGACCUCUCCACCCUCCCUUCUCCCCCUCCACGUGGCACUCCCAUGGCCGUUGAUUCCUCUGACGAGUCCGCUAAGCCCACAUCCGGGUCCAUGGCCCACUUCCGAAGCUUGUCUGUUGACUCUGAUUUCUUCGAGGGUCUCAGUCUCGGAACUGGUGACGAGAAAAAUGGUGCUGGGGACAAGAGGGUCCGCCAUCACAGGCAUAGCAAUUCCAUGGAUGGGUCUUCCACGACGUCGUUUGAGGCUGACUCCUCGAUCGAUGCUAUGAAGAAAGCUAUGGCGCCUGAUAGACUCGCCGAGCUUUCUCUGAUUGAUCCCAAAAGAGCUAAAAGGAUUCUUGCUAAUAGGCAAUCCGCGGCGCGAUCAAAGGAAAGGAAGAUACGUUAUACUAAUGAGCUAGAGAGGAAGGUGCAGACACUUCAGACCGAAGCUACCACACUGUCGGCUCAGGUCACUCUGCUACAGAGAGACACCACUGGCUUGACUAAUGAGAACAAGGAACUCAAACUGCGAUUGCAAGCUAUGGAGCAGCAAGCACAACUUAGAGAUGCUCUCAACGAAGCACUGAAGGACGAAGUGCAGCGGCUUAAGAUAGCAGCCGGCCAACUUCCAGCUGUCAACGGCAAUCCUUUCAACAGAGGGCUGCCCCCUCAAUAUUCCUCCCAUCAGCCUGCCUUACAUCACUUUGGUAGUCUCCAGACCCAGACCCAGGCCCAGACCCAGCCACACCAACAGCAACAGCAACAGCGUCACAUGACACAGUCAUCCACAAACAACCAGACACUAAAUGGGCAGCCUCGCCCUAACUUCUUGGACUACAACCAGAGGGUCUAGCAACAUCACAUGUUAUAGUAGCAAAUUGAUACUUAUAAAAUAGAGGGUAAUUCAUCUCAGGUAGCAUCUUGUACAUGUAUGUAUCAUGUAUGUAUAUGUAUAUGUGUUGCAGGUAAAUUUGUGAAGGGUGUUGCUCAGAAUAGCAAUAGCCCCUUGUAUCAGUCAUAUAUGGCUAUGUUUCUAGUAUUAGGAUAGAGUCAGUUAAAAGUAUGCUAGUAGUACAAUUAAUGGGUGGAUGAACAUUGUUACGUUUUACCAACGGAACAAGCAGCCUCUGCUUUAGAAUGAUGGAACUUGGCAGAUAAUAUUUUCUCAUUUUGGCCAGAUGUAAAAAUAGGAGGCAUUUUUCACCAUUAGUAAAACAGAAAACUAUCCUUUCUGGUUGUCUUA